AUGUUCAAGGUCACACUUCAAGGUCACUCGGAAACUCAAGGUCACAUUUCAAGGUCACAUACCAAGGUCACUUUUCAAGGUCACACUUCAAGGUCACUCGAAAAUUCAAGGUCACACUUCAAGGUCACAUUUCAUGGUUGGCACCGAAGGUCAGUUCUCAAGGUCGUUUGGCAACAAGAUCUGAUGUGUUAUCUGCAAAUAACAUGGCCCAACCUGUACUAA